CUAACAGGAAAGUGACGUCCUUUUGCUACGUGUCAGGAAGUCCUAUGGUCAACAUGGCGGCGCAGCAGGGCGAUGUUGAUGAGCUCUUCGAUGUGAAAAAUGCCUAUUACAUCGGCAGCUAUCAGCAGUGUAUUAACGAGGCUCAGAAGGUGAAGCCGUCCUCACCAGAGAAGGAGACUGAAAGGGACAUGUUUUUGUACAGAGCAUACAUUGCCCAGAGGAAGUAUGCUGUUGUCCUGGAUGACAUCAAGGGCAGCUCUCCACCCGAGCUUCAGGCUGUCAGGAUGUUUGCUGAGUAUCUGUCCAGCGAAAACAAAAGGGAUGCUAUUGUUGCCGAUCUAGACAAGAAGAUGGUGAAGAGUGUGGAUGCUGCCAACACCACCUUCCUCCUCAUGGCUGCCUCCAUCUACUACCAUGAGAUGAACACUGAUGCUGCUCUCAGGACUCUACACCAAGGAGAAAGCCUAGAGUGCAUGGCCAUGUCCAUCCAGGUGUUGCUGAGUCUGGAUCGGGUUGACCUGGCAAGGAAAGAGCUGAAGAAGAUGCAGGAGCAGGAUGAGGAUGCUACUCUAACCCAACUGGCCACAGCCUGGGUUAAUAUUGCUGUGGGUGGAGAGAAGCUGCAGGAUGCCUACUACAUUUUCCAGGAGAUGUCAGACAAGUACUCAUCUACACUGCUGCUCCUCAACGGGCAGGCGGCCUGUUACAUGGCUCAAAACAAGUGGGAGGAGGCUGAGGGAGUGCUACAGGAGGCGCUUGACAAGGACAGCAGUCACCCUGAGACGUUGAUCAACCUCAUAGUGCUGACGCAGCACCUUGGCAAAGCUCCUGAGGUGACCAAUCGCUACCUCUCUCAGCUGAAAGAUGCACACAGGGCCCAUCCAUUCCUCAAAGACUACUUAGCCAAGGAGAAUGAGUUCGACAGACUAUCGAUGCAGUACGCUCCUACUGCUACAGCAUAAGACACCUCAACAAUGGACUUCAGUAUAACACAAUGAAGUGUCAACAGACUAUUUCUCCCUCUAACCUGCAUACCUGUAUUUGUUUUGACAUUUUUACCUGUAUUAUUUAAAACCAGAGCAGAAUUCAUAAUUUCCCUCUGGUGCAGAUGAAACACGCCUUGCUUAGUAUCCAUUCAAUGUAGAUUAUGCAUUUCUCCUAUUCUGGAAAUCAACACAUCUGUUUUAAUAUAAGCAUUCCUUUUGAAAUGAUAAUAAAUGUUUAAUACCUG